CGAUGGUGAGCCUUUUGAUUGUGGCCUUGGCUCUAUCUGACUAAAUCAUGUUCCAGGCCAUGGUGGUGCGCAUACAGCCGAAUAUGCUGCCGCCAAUCUUCCCCGGCUGAUCGAGGAGGCACUGCGCGAAGUCGUCAAGGAGUGCCUACAUCGAUCCCGGGAUACUCUCGUCAGCAAGGUGAAGAAGGUCUUGCGACAACGGAUCGAGGAUUUCGACCAAGCAAUAGGCGACGCUGUCAAGAAUCUGUGCUCAGACUCCUUCACUCUGAACUACCUGCAAGUGGUGGCUCUUGUCGACGCUAACAAAGGGAUUCUCCAGCGAGCAUUUUCCGGCUCCAUGCUGGUGCUGGCUCUUAUCGAUGAGGAGUGAGAGAACAUGUGGUUAGCUGGACUAGGUGAUUCAACUGUUGUAAUAUCCUGUGAAGAUCCUGAUGGGAUAGGAUAUGAUGAGGGCCUCCUUACCCUUCAUAGCACAUGUACUCCAAAGGAGUAUCUUUCUAUUGCCAUGAUGCAUCCCUCAGAGGAAAAGGAGACCAUAAUGGAAAAUGGUCAGUUGUUGGAUGUGGUACCAUACACAAGAGGUUUGAGUGACUAUAGUCCCAAGUUCCCAUCAGAGUUCUCAACAGAGCUCUUCUUCAAACUCCUGAGAUGACAAUGACUGCAACACUACUGGAAUGGCAUUUGAUAUUACAAUGUGAUGCCACCAUAUGUCCUGAACCCAUCCAGCACCCAUUUCAUCAACCUCACUGAGCUUUGACUGCACAAGUCAACCUUGGUUCUAUAUACCCAUGGUGUCAAUGCCAUUGUGAAU